AUGGAGGGUGAAGACAGGCGGCCCGGCAGCACAGGCAGACGGCGGCGGGGCGUUUUGGCCGGGCUGCUGGUCGUGGAACUCGGGCCCGUAGCCCGACAGCUCACGUUCUCCCCACGGGCGCAGUUGCUCGCCGGCCUCGGGCAGCAGUUCCCGAACAAAUGGGGUGGCGACGUCCAGGAAUGGGUUAGCGGGAGGCCCCGGUCAGGUUUCCAGCAGUCCGUGGCCAACGAGGAAACUGUCGCCCUGUCCCAGCCCUCAGUUAGCCGCAUAAUUUUUUCCGUUGCUGAAGCCAUUGCAACGGUCGGCAAAGCAAAGGGAUGGGUGAAGUUUCCGACGGACACAGAAAAGGUGGCGGUAGAAAAGGUGGCGGUCAAGCAACGCUUCCUUGAACGUGGCAAGCUCCCUGGGGUCGUCGGCUGUGUUGACGGAACACUAAUUGCCAUCGUCCGGCCGCGAAAAAUGAGCCCCGCGGAAACCGAGGCGUACUGGAGCCGCAAGGGAUUUUACGCCUUGAAUUGCAUGGUGGUGUGUGAUGCGGACCUAAGGAUCGUGGCCAUAGACCCUCGCAUGCCAGGAUCAUGCCACGAUUCCUUCGUCUGGAGGCACUCGGCAUUGCGCCGCCGCCUGACGUGUGGCUUCCUGAAUGACGAGUUCUUGCUUGGAGAUUCGGGGUACCCUCUGGAGCCCUGGCUUCUCCUCCUGUGCCCGGACACCCGACACGGCUGA